AAUAAGAUCGACUUUGUGAAGUCAAACAUAAUUUGUCGGUUUUGAAUUUACUUCCUGUACUUCAACAACUGCGGCUUACUUGAGCUUGCAAGCGGCACUUCAUAUCUUGAUGAUAUCCUCUUCUUAGUUUUUAUCACGUUUCAUUCAAUGGAGAUUGUUCAAGACCAGCAGCUACAAAAUACAGAUGAUGGAAAACUGCACGACUCUAACAGAAGCACAGAUGUCACCCAGAAACUUCAACAUGCAAGAUUCGAAAAAUGCAAAUGGUGGUUGCGUGUGUCCCUCUACAUAAUCUUUCUUCUGGCAGGCCAAUCUGCAGCUACUCUUCUGGGAAGGUUAUACUAUGACAAUGGUGGUAAUAGCAAAUGGAUGGCAACUUUUGUUCAAUCAGCUGGAUUCCCUGUACUUUUCCCACUCCUUUUUUACUUCUCAACAAGAAAGCAGGACAAAUUAACUAACGAGCUCAACAAUGAUUCCCACAAAGCAAAACCAAAAUUUUGUACCAUUGUUUUCCUCUACCUAGCUUUUGGCUUAAUUCUGACAGGGGACAACUUGAUGUAUUCCUAUGGACUUCUAUAUCUCCCUCUUUCCACCUAUUCUCUGCUGUGUGCAACCCAAUUAGGCUUCAAUGCAGUCUUCUCUUUCUUCCUCAAUUCGCAGAAAUUCACAGCAUUCAUAUUCAAUUCUAUAGUCCUCCUUACGAUAUCAGCUUCCCUGCUUGCAAUCGAUGCUGAUUCUGAGGAUCAAAUGGGACUUUCCAGAGAAAAACAUAUAAUUGGGUUCUUCUGCACUAUUGGUGCAUCAGCUACAUUUUCUUUAUAUCUCUCUCUUGUGCAGCUUUCUUUUGAGAAGGUUAUCAAGAGAGAAACCUUUACUGUUGUGUUGGACAUGCAAAUUUACCCAUCUUUGAUUGCUACAUGUGCUUGUGUUGUGGGUUUGUUUGCAAGUGGAGAGUGGAAAAGUUUGAAGCAGGAGAGUAAGGAUUAUGAGAAGGGAACGGUGUCAUAUGUGAUGACUCUACUUUGGACUGCUGUGACAUGGCAAAUAUCGUCUAUUGGUAUGCUGGGGUUGAUUUUUGAGGUAUCUUCAUUGUUUUCAAAUGUGAUAGGUACCUUGUCAUUGCCCAUUGUUCCCAUCCUUGCAGUGAUCUUCUUCCAUGACAAGGUGAAUGGGGUGAAGUUUAUAGCCUUGUUGUUAGCAGUGUGGGGCUUUAUGUCUUAUGUGUAUCAACAUUAUAUAGAUCACAAAAAAGCCAAGGCAGAUAGGGUUUCACUGGCUGAGGUAGAAAUUUGCUGAUUGUAGAAUGGGAUGGACCAAAUUUUGAUGAAAUUAUUAUAACCAGUUGAAUGACUCUGUUGAUGUUGCUAUUGCAAUUUUGUGAAUUGUGUUUAGUG